CUGUUCUGGAAACAGGUUUCUGUUUCAUUUAAGGACAUUUAGAACACUCAAAUAUAUAUGUAUACAUAUAAAAGCAGGCGCUCUUCGCCCCUAUAACAACCUUGCUUUUCAUCCUCUCUCUUUCUCAUCCUCGCUAAGACUCUCACAAACACUCAUACAGCUACACGUUCUUCAGAAAAGCAAUACAAGAAUACAAGAAUACAAGAUGCAUUCAAAGUCCUAUAUCACACUUUUAGCCUUGGUCCUGGUCCUGCUCGUUGGCUCUUCCAUGGUCCAUGCUGCCUCUAACAUGUGCCAAGGGUGCGUGGAUGAUAUGGCACACGCAGUUCCAGGCUGUAAUGGGAUCGAUACCUCGAAGCAAGCAUCCUUCAAUGAACUUUCCAAUAAAGAGCAGCAGUGCUUUUGCAACCUUGGCAAGGAUGUCUCCUUCCUCGCGAAAUGUGAUGCUCUGUGUCCACCCGGCAAUAUUGAGGCCGUCCAGACAAGUCUUCAAGCGGCAUAUUCGGUCUACUGCAACAACACCAAGUUUGAAAAUGGUGGGACAAGCGCAGAGGGAAGCUCUAAUGGCUCUGGCCUCUCAGCCUUGUCUUCACCAUCAUCGGCUUCCGUCAUGUAUGCGAUCACCGCAGUUGUGCUCGCUGCUGUUGCAUUAGUGCCUGUUUAGACAAAGAACAGAGAGAGUCUUUAUACACAAUAAACACAUACACACAUACAUGUAUUAGGCGUCAAAGAGUAAAAGG